AUGGAAACACCCGUUGGCAACGAGGCCGGACCUCCAACCACAGAUCAAGACGUAACUCCAGCCUUCCUGGCGCAGAGCCUUCAACCAAACAUCUAUGCAGCGUGCAUCGUUGUCACUCUAGCCGCGACGAGUGCAGUUGCGCUUCGCUUACUAUGUAGGCGACUCGCUAAGGCGUACCUGUGGUGGGAUGAUUGGAUGAUUGUUGCAGCAUUGACGCGAGGAAGUACUGAAGCCAUGGCAAUCCACCUCUUUUGCAAAGGUGAGUUUUUUUACGAUGAGACCAAUCGUCCCGCAGGAUAUCGUAUUGACAAGGAGCAGAGCUUAAUUGCCACUCAAACCAUUUACUUUUGCGCGCAAGCGCUCGUGAAAGUCUCGAUUCUGCUAUUGUACCACCGCCUCUUCGGAGUCGUCGAAUGGUUCCGAAUCGCACUUUGUGUGGCUGGUGCGUUGACCAUCAUGUGGUGGAUCGCUGCAAUCCUGGACUCGAUAUUCCAAUGUGUACCCGUACAAGCCAUCUGGGACAAAAGCAUAAGGGAUCCCAAAUGCCAGGAUGUUAGAGCCUCUGCGCUGGGCACCGGGAUCUCGAACAUGAUCCUCGAUAUCAUGUUCUUGAUCAUUCCGCUUCCAAUGAUAUGGAAGCUUCAAGUCACCAGAAAGAUCAAGAUUUCUUUGACGGGUAUCUUCCUUCUUGGAGCUUUUGUCUGCGCCACCUCCGCUGUCCGCAUACACGCAAUAUACAAGACAGACUGGACCUUGACAGAUCCAAGUUGGACUGGCUUCGGCUUAGGGGUCUGGAGCACGGUAGAGUCAUGCUGUUCGGUCAUAGCAGCUUGCCUACCAACGAUGAGGCCUCUUCUUACCCGCGCCCAAGCUCAUACGUCACAUGCGAAAAGUACGAGCACCAAGUCAUUAAGGACCCUCAACUUCGUUAGCAGCGGCAGCAAAGGGGGUCCUCUUUCCCCAAUUUGGAGCCCACCUUCGCCGUCAUCUCCAAGGAAAGCUCCAUAUCAGAGUCUGGACGAGUACUUGCCUGAUCUGGAGAACGGAGAUAGCUCAUUCGGGAUGAAGAAAUCGCCUCGGACAUGGCAGAACGCGAGGUUCGAUUCACAUGCGACGUACGCAAAUCCUUCACCGGGCUUUGGACAAGACCGGCCAUUUCAUUCGACACUGAGGUCGGAGGAGUUCGGGAAAGAAAACCCUCCAUUGUCUUUGCUGGAGCCCAGAUACGUUGGGCCAGCGAGAUUUGGACGCGGUGGUGCGUGUCUGCAUGAGCAUGACGGUGUUUAG